UAAUUACAACAACAACAAUAUUAAAGUAAUAUUGAUGUUUUCGUAUGCAGCGAAGUAACUGGUAGUUUACGAGUACAAGAAAGAACUGAAGAACAUCACAGAAACCAAACAUCGAGUGGAGGAGAAAGUUUAAAGUCACACUCACACUUACACUCAACGUACACCUACACUUAAACGCAUAUAACCAUGAACACUAUUCACAGAUUGUCUUUCGCAUGUAGUCCCUUUUAUUUAAACUUCUACACGUACAAUGUCUCAUAUACUGCGACAGUGAAGAGUUUAUAACACACACACACACAUAUAUAUAUAUAUACAUACAUACAUACACACACAUUUAUGUAUUUGUAAUAUAAACACGCGCACAUACACACAGACAUCGAAAUUUUGACAUAUAUACGGGUAGUUAAGCAGCAACUUGCUCUUUCUUUCUCUCUCUCUCUCUCACAAACACACACAAACUAAUCCACAUGCACAUCAACAUAUAUAAUAUUCAUAUUUGUAAAUAUUUAUAUACACUCCAUAAAGUUGUAUUUGCAAAUUCAAAUAUUUUAAAAACAGACAUUUAAACACAGACGGACUCAUUAAAACACAUGGUCAGUUGCGCGCUCAUACACUCUCGUUUCUAGAUACAGAUUUAUGUAUAUAUAUAUAUAUAUGUAUACACACACUUACACAAGUUCUUUUACAUUUAAGCAUAAACAUUUCUACGCUAACCCAUACACACAAAACACUUUGGCUAGCAUAUAACCACUUCUGCACACAUAUACAUACUUUGUCAUAGACAUUAUUAACACACAAUAACUUACAUAUACACUCUGAUAGACACAGCAAUAUUCUCUCUUGCUCGCUCCUGUGUGUGUGUGUGUAUAUAUAUAUAUAUAUAUAUUGUGUACACGUUAUAAGUCAAACUUAUACAUACUUACUGUAUCACACAACAUAUACAUUCAUUCAUGCAUACACACACAUAUACAUCCCCCCAACGAAUACGGAGCAGAACAUACGGAAACUUACAUAUUCAAACUUACGUACUGGAUUAAACACGCUUCAACAUAUAUAUAUAUGUAUAUACAUAUAUACAUACAUUCAUGCAUACAUACAUAUACAUCUUCCAACAACGAAUAUAUUGUAGAACAUACGUAAACUGAUACAUACACAACCUCCAACGAAUACAUGUUAAUGCUAUAAGCACGUAAAGUUUCAUACACUCUUACAGGACACACAUCCAGUGUGUGUGUGUGUGUGUCUGUAUAUACAUAUAUAUAUAUAUAUAUAUACACCAGUUGAACAUACUGUAUACAACACAUAAUACACAGGCGUACAUAAAGAGGAGAGUUUGGCAGUCACAAAGGCCAGACAUGACGACGAAAGCUGUUUAUUUAAGUGUGAGUGGUAGAGAGGAACAAGUGGAGUUUAGUUCUGAAGAUAAUGCAGACGACAUUCUAGACACAUUCCGAAGUGUGGCAGAAACUGGUCCAAAUGAUAUUCUAAAGCUUCUUAAUAAGGAAGGAUUCUACAUUCAGAUUUCACCAAAUACACCACAGAACACUCCAGAAGACCGAUAUAAACUGGAAGUAGUUGCCAGAGUUUGGGGAGAUGAAAUACCUGAACAUACCAAACGUCAAUGGGAAAACAUAGAGAAAAGGCUAUCUACCCUGGAGAACCUUGUCCUUUAUCAGACUACCAUGCCAAAAUGUGUUGAAGAAAUACUGACAAAAAUGAACAAUGUUAAAAACAAAGUAGAGAAUAUAGGUUACUUGAGUUGGCUGGGAUUAUACAAAGAUUUACCCAAGGCAAAAACAGUGGUUCCAUUAUGGGACAGAUAUAAAAAAAAAGAUGAGACAGUAAAACAGUCUAUGAUUGACAAGUUUAAAAAAAUCACACAAUCCCAGUUUAGCUCAAGCGUCAGUGAUUAUCUCAAAGAACCCUCAUUUGAUAAUUGGCAGUGGGAUGAAGCUGAAAUGAUGCUUUUAUUGCAGUCCAUGUUCAUUGAAUUGGAUAUUCUUUCCAAAUUUGGCAUUACGCUGAGUGCCCUGCAAACUUGGCUCUGUGAAGUCUACUUGCAUUACUUUGAUGUUCCAUUCCACAAUUUUAAACAUUGUUUCAUGGUGGCACAAAUGAUGUAUUGCCUUAUAUGGCAUUUAGAACUCUGCAGUUUACUUGCUGAAGAAGAGAUCCUCACAUUACUUGUAUCUGCAAUAUGUCAUGAUUUAGAACAUUCUGGUUUUAACAAUAUUUAUCAUGUGAAUGCCCAUACCAUUUUGGCACGAACUUAUAAUGACAGGUCACCUUUGGAGAACCAUCACUGUGAUGUGGCGUUCCGAAUAUUAGAGAAAACUGACUUACUGAAGAACCUAUCUCCACAACAGUACACUAUUGUCCGCCAAGGUAUUAUUAGGUGUAUUUUAAGUACAGACAUGGCUAAACAUAUUAACAUCUUACAUGAUUUUGAAACAGCUUUGGUCAACUUUGAUAUAGACAAGAAAGAACAUCGUAUGCAGUUGAUGUCCAUGCUUAUAAAAGUUGCAGAUAUUUCAAAUGAACUCCGACCUCCUACUGUUGCUGAGCCAUGGUUGGACUGUCUGUUGAAUGAGUUCUUUGCACAGAGUGAUACAGAGAAACUUGAAGGAUUACCUGUGACUAGUUUCAUGGAUAGAGACACACAUGUGAAAUCUAAAUCUCAGGUCCACUUCAUAGCCAAUGUAUUGAUGCCUUUAGUCAAGGCCCUCUGUCAGUGCUUCCCCAAGGCAAUGAACUUAUUAGCACCAGCUGAAUCAGCUCUGAGUUAUUAUGAAAACCAGUUUCAAGAAUAUGAACAAAAUAUGAAAAAGAAUCCAACCAAGAAGACUCAGUCUUGAAAGUUCAAGUACAUUGCCAAGGAAAACAAUGGAAUGGAACAUAUUUCAAACAAAGAACCAAGAGCUUGAUUUUAUCCUUCCAACAUCUGCUCUCAGUUUCUUGUAGUUUUCACCAAGAACUGAUUGACUAGAUGUGCUCAGACUGAGAGACGAGAUCUCUACCAUGUAUUAGGAAUGGUGAGCAGAAAUCUCAGCACUCUGAGAGACAGUUGUCCUAAAUAUCAACGGUUGCCUGUAAUAUACGACAGUCAAAAACGUAAAGUUGUAAACAAUCCCUUCUUAUCUUGUAUAACCAUUUGUAAAAAACAGAAAAACAAACAAACAAAGCUAUGAUCACUUCUCAUCUCCAUAUUUGAUUGAUAUGUUACUUGUAUCUGUAGAAAGCCACAUCUGUACACAUAGGUUUUUGCAUUUACUAGUUGUAUUAGUGUUAGCAGAUUUAAUACAGGAGGUAUUAAAAAGCUAACUAGAAACGAUUAUGUGUUGACGAAAAAACAAUAUUAGUCAAGGACUAAUAUUAUUUUAAUUCUUUCUGCAAGUAUGAGAAUUUUGCAUUUACUAGUUGACAUUUCAUAGACAAAUUGAUGUCUUUUAGCGUAUUUAUUCAUAUUUUUCUUUGUUUUGAAUCAGUUUAAUCAAACUUUUAACUUAUUGUUUCCCAUUUCAAUUUUUGUUGUUUUUUUUUAAAUGAUAACUUUUAUGAGUAAUAAAUGUCAAGUUGUUGACUUCUGAGAAUGAAUCAACAGCUCUAAUUGACAGGUC